AUGAAUUCUUAUAAUAACAACAAUGGUAGUGGAGGAGUAGGUGGCAAUGGUAAUGGCAAUGGCAAUGGCAAUGGUAACAUCAAUGGAAGUAGUGGUAUAAACAACAACAAUCAUGAUUCAAACUAUCAUAUAAUGGUUGGUCAUCAACUGCAACACCAACAACAACAACAACAACAGCAUCAUGGAAAUGGACAUGGUCAUGGACUUGUGCAUCAUAGCCAACAAUAUCAACAUAUACUACAGCAGCAACAACAACAGCAACAGCAGCAGCAGCAACAUAGCAAUCACAUACUCCAACAACAACAUCAACAACAGCAACAACAACAACAACAACAACAACAGAUACAUAACAUAAUAUCACCAACAAGUUCAAUGUUGCAUCAUCGACCUCCAAUGUCUAUACCUCCAUUGGUGUCAAUGAGUUCGCCUCACAGUGCAGGCACAUCGACGAGCAAGUCCCAUGCAUCACUCUCCCCUCCAUACAAGUACUCGUCGUCAGGCAUUGUCCUGCCACCAAUCUCAUCACCUAGCCAUCAGACACCUGUCUCGACAACCUCGUCAAUGUACAACCCAUUGAGGAUUCCAACCACAAUGCAGGUACAGCAACAGCAACAGCAACAUCAACAACAGCAGCAACAACAAAUGCAACAACAAAUGCCCUAUGACUACAACAACUCAGACACAUCGUUGGGAUCAUCAUUCAUUGAGCCACGCUCGCCAAUAUCUAGCCAGGUCAAUGCCUCGCCUGUGCACUUCAAUGACCCGCCUCCAUUCAAGAUCCCACUGCAACUGCCUCUGAUCAACUCACCAUCACAAUCAAUGAACUCACCCGACUCCCUACAUCUAAUGCGCGACUUCUAUAGCAGGACUUCGCCCACGCCAUCACCCAACAAGCAUCUCUUUUACCAGUCCCAGCAGCAGCAACAACAACAACAUCAAACGCAAGCACAACACCAAGUCUACCCCCACACACAACAGCAGCAACAGCAUCAUCAUUCCCCGCACAACAUGUCACAAGAGUCAUAUUCACCAAGUCACAUGGGCCACAUCAAUCUGUCGAGCACGCCAACCUUUCAUUCCAAUGUAUAUCUAUCACCUCCAACCACAUCUACAUCCACAUCCAACUCCAACUCUACAUUCAACAUCACAUCCCCGCAAUCACUUCCAAGUGCCAAUCCCUUCCAAGGCACUGGCAAGAUUGGCAACAGCAACGGCUCCAGCAGCAAUUAUCUUCCAAUCUAUGACACAAACAAGUCAACAUCGACCACUACUACAUCAACCAAUGGCGUCAACAACAACAAUAACAACCACACAGAGUCAGUACUCAACUUCAUUGACAACACAUUGGUGGUGUCCAAUGGCAAACCGAAUGGCAACACUGGUGGCGGAUCUAGGAAGAGAGCUGCAACAAAUGGCGGCUCAAAGAGCAGUACGCCACCAUUGAGAUCACAGAAGCAGGUGCCAAUGGCAAUCGCACCGCUUCAGAAGUGCCCCAGUGUGUACAACACAUACAUGGACAUCACUCGGUUGGGGGACACGUCGCCCGAGUUCAGCGACGAGGAGUUCCCCGAGAUCAAAGCUCGUUUCAAAGUCAUCGAGAAGAUUGGCCAAGGCACAUUCAGCGGUGUCUACAAGUCAGUGUGCAUUCAGGGGCCUGAUGCGGGGCUGGUCGUGGCGCUGAAGCGAGUGGCGCCCACCUCAUCACCAACCCGAAUACUCAACGAGAUCACCAGUCUUCAGCGCGUUGGUGGCUCCAGCCAUGUCUCCAAACUGCUAGGUGUACUCAGACACAUGGAUCAAGUCACACUGAUCCUGCCCUACUUUGAGCACGACUCAUUCAAGGAUUACUUCUUCCGAUUGACGCCAGACGAGUUGAGGUACUACCUCCAUGCUCUAUUCACUGCACUCAAACAUGUACAUGCACAUAACAUUUGCCAUCGUGAUGUAAAGCCAACCAACUUCCUUUACAACCAACAUAAGAACUUGUUUAUGUUGAUCGACUUUGGAUUGGCACAAGAGAUGCUUCCACAACCAACACAUGAGCCAGAAGAGAGGAAGAAGCGCACAAGGGAUGAUUCCAAGUCAAGGGGUAAAGCCAACCAAGCUGAAUCAAAGACACAACAACAACAGCAACAACAACAACAAGCUCCAAGAGCUGGAACACGAGGAUUUAGAGCGCCAGAAGUACUGCUAAAGUAUAAUAAGCAGACGACCUCUAUUGAUAUAUGGUCGGUUGGUGUCAUCCUGAUGAGUAUAUUAUCAGGCCGCUAUCCAUUCUUUAUAUCUCCGGAUGAUAUUACCAGUCUGGCAGAGAUUGUGUCGAUCAUUGGAACACGCAAGAUCACCGAGUUGGCCGGUAUACUGGACAAACAGAUUGCCCUGUCGGAGCAUAUCGAGCCCACCAGCUGGACGGCCUUGGCUCGACGACUGCGUGAUGAGAGUGGAGAUAUCAAGUUAUCGAUGCCACAUGAGGCCUUUGAUCUGUUGGAACGCUGUCUCGAUCCCAAUCCAUUCACCAGGAUCACAGCCAAAGAUGCACUAUCUCAUCCAUUCCUCCAAUCACUCAACUUCAAUAUCUCUACAUCAUCAUCACUUCACUCCAACAACAACAACUCAUUUGCACAUAUAUUAUAA